GCUGUGAUGAAAUAAUGUAAUAAAUGAUUUAGGUAAUUUUUAGAUGGGAUAUUCGCUUGGAAAAAAGUACUUUGGCACACUUUUGCCGUUUGUUUCUUUCGCCUGAAAACUUCCAUCAUCGUUUACACGCUCACAAACACCUGAGUUUCAGUGUUCAGCAUCUUCGUUGUCGACAACGACGUCAUCAUCGUCAUCGUCGUCGUCGUCGAAACGCAUCCAUUUAUUCAUCAUGUUACUUGGAAAAUUUUGCAUGAAAAGAGGAAGAAAUAUUUCGAUACGGCAACAACGUAGUUUCGUGUUGUGAUACGUUUAAGCAAGUUAGGUAGCAGGAUGAAAAAAAACUGUUCCAAACAGGAGAAAAGGAAAGAAAGAGAGAAAAGGCGAACGUAAUUUCCUAUGCUCUUUCUUGUUCUUUGUCGCGUAAUUUGAAUAUUCGAGUGAUGCCAUCAUUUCCAUUUCGUCAAUCGUCUCCCUAGCUCCAUGCCUCCCGAUUUAAUGCCUCUCUUACGAUCGCACGCACACACACCAAAACAAACACAAUCCACGACGACGGUAUAAAGAAUUUAUAAAUGAAUAUAUUUAAUCUGUGUUUGUGUGUGUGUCGUCGUCUUUUCUGUCGACAUUUGCUACGAAUGACGGAAAGAGAGAGAGAGAGAAGCAUUGAAAUGAAUACGUAAUACAUAAUCCCUUCCUGUAAUGGGAUGUUUUUCACUUGUACAAAAUGAAAAAUUAAAUUUUCGUCGAAUUAAAUUGUGUGCUUUGGUAUUCGCAAGCGCACAUCCAAAUAUGUAUCAAGGUUGAAACGUGUGGUACACGCUCUUCUUCAUCAUCAUGCUAACGAAGACGACGUUCGUUUACUGAUUGCUGCAAAUUCUGUUUGUGCAUUUACGGGCGUUUUUUCCCCGCUGUCUCUGUACAAACCAAGUAUCUCAAAUGUUACAUUUCAUCAAAAGGCAAAUGGAUUCCACACCGUGGAUUUUAUCAAAUAGAAGUUUGGUAAAUCUACGCAAAGCGGUCACAAAAGAAACAGAUACACGGCAAAUGUACGCAGACUGAGUGUCAAUGUGACGGAAAGAACUUUGUCGCCGCAUCGUGAUUUUUAGCCUGCCCGUACAUUUACAUCGCAAUUGAAACGUCCAUGUGCACAAUUCAUUGAGCAAAAGAUGACUUUUUGGUCGACGACGAUGACGGCGUCCGUUUGUUGUUUUUGCACAUUUUAAUGGGAUAAUGACACGAAUGCAUUAUGCAAAAUAUACAUUAAAAAGAAUGUCGCUAUCAUGUGAAUCUCAGUUCUUCCUCUAAAUCUCUCUUUCCUUCUCCAUCUCCCUCUCUUACGGGAACAUGAGUUCAUAAAAUUUGAUUGCUUUUUUGUUGGUGAAAGAAGAUUUUAUUUUUCCGUAAAUAAAAUUCAAGAGGACUAAAUAACUUGACCAUUUCAAAGUGUUGCAUCUCGCUUUACGUGGUUUUUUGCGUUAAAUCUUCUGCUGUGUAUUCAGUGGAAUUGAUUUAAAUCAUAAUGACCUCAAAUUCGCAAAAAAAAUCAUUACGCAUUUUGUUUGGCCUUUCGCUCCUACCACUUCAAUUCCGUAGUGCAGAAACUUAAAAAAAAACGCAACGUGCAAACGACUCGAAACGAAGAGAGCCACAGUAGCAAUUCGGUGGCAAACUGUACUUGAGAUUUAAAUGGAACAUAGGUUUCUUUUAUUUGGGCUUAAUGAUGCUGAGUACCGUUCGAGUGAUCAGGCUGGUCCGAGUGUUUGUGUGUAUUUUACACACAAAAACAAGCAUAUUGAGGGUUUGCUUUGUUUGGUAUUGAGCGCAUUAGUGGCAACAAUCAAUGAACGACCCUUCGUUCAAUUUGCCUCUUGUUCGUCGUCGUAGUCGCCGUUUUUUUUGUACGUGUGUGCCUUUUCUUUCCUGUUUCGUUUACGUUGAAGUGCAUUUUUGUUGCUGCACACACACUCUGCGCUAUUAUUAUGCAAAAUGGGGUUAGUGGCUUUAGUUAGCUGCUGUACAAUAAUCAGCCAAAUAAAUACGUUGUUGUUUUUUUUAUGAUGACGACUUAAGACCCCUUAUGCCACGUACAUGAAUGUUUCACAUAAAAUGUUGCAAGUGAGAAAAUAAUUGUUUUUGCUCUUGAGUUAAUGUGGCUUAAGUGAUGAAAAAAUGUUAUUACAAGGACUUUAGCACGAUGAUUUUUUCUUUUUUCGCUUUUCGUCGUGGUCGUCUUUUAAAAAUCUUUGGUUUUUCGGAAUGAAUGAAAAAAUUUACAUCUUAAAUGAAGCAAAAUGCUGUGACCAACCAAAGUUAUAAUGCAUGCUAAUGUUGCCACCGUUAAAUAGUGCAAAACGAGCAAACAGUUGUGUACAACGGUACCGCCCGUGGUUUCGGAAAUCAUUAUUACCCGUUACUACACCGAAUAACCGCACACCCGCAAACAAACAACGAAAUAUGCACCGUUCACUCCAUUGGAUUUACAUUCUUUUCACGAUUAACCGAAGCUGUUCCGCAUUGUUUUUUUUUUUUCGUCCACAGAACGCCCGAUUCCGGUGUGCUCAAAUUUUAUGUGGACCAUGGAGUGCUCACUUUGAGACUCGUUGAGGCUAUAUAGCAUAGACUGCUCGCUUUCAUAUCCUUUUCCUAUUAAUAGAAUUUUCCAUUUUUUCCCUCACCUCCUCACUACCAGGGCAAUUAAUUUUCAUGACAAAACAUAAGAUCUGUCCUAACUGGUAAAUCCAUUAGAUAAGCCGUAGGAAAAUUGAAAAGUCGGAAAAAUAAAUUAUAUUGACACCCUUUUACUCAAUUCACUAUAUUUUGUUCGGUACUCUCUUUGCCUCUCUCAAUCUAGAUCUCUCUCCCCAUCCCUUUUGAUUUCUUUAUUUCUUUCUAUCUUUCCUUCUUUCUCUCUCGGCAGCUCGGCACACACCACCAAAAGAAACCACUAAAUCAAUGAGCAAAGAAAACGAACGAGCAAAAAAAAAAUGAGAGCCAAAGCCAGAAAGGAAAAGUAUCCGGUUUUAGUUGAAAAUCCUUGCGUAAUAAAUGAAGCGCAAAGAGAAACUAAAUGGAAAUAAAUCAUCUGGAUUCGGUGUGGAUACGGCCACACACGCACACAUAUGCUCUGUCAUUUGCACAUGGAUCUGGCGAUCCCGAACCAUAUGCUGAAGCACUUGCAGAGCCGAUGCCAUUUAUUCUUAGAAAUUUGGGUUCAAUGGCUUCUUUAUCAGGAGGAUCCUCAUCUGGAUCUUCUUCAAGUUCCAACAAAGUCACAGUGAAACGGUGUCGUUGUCGCCGAAAAAAGUGUCCAACAACGAAAGCAACAUCUUCGUCGUCAUGCACAACCAUGAAAAGGUCAUGCCCAACCAUGAAAAGGUCAUGCAAAACGAAAAAGCCAUGCACAACGAGAAGGUCAUGCAAAUGUUGUUUCAUCAAAAUAAAAACCACAACGAGUACGACGACAAGCACAUCAUCAACUAGCACGACCGCUUCAACAGGGAUGUUUGAAGGUAAUCGUUUGCGCGGGAAAAAUGUUCUACUAAAUUUUAUGUAAGUAUAUUGAUAAGAUCAAGAUUACACACUGGAAUAACAUCAAGAGUUUAAAAAUGUGAAUAUCAUAAAGUUGACUCAUUCCUGAAAUGUGACAUUUUUCAGAUUAUCAAAAAUGUCGAAAACAAGAUUACUAAAAAUUUUACUUUUAUAUGAAUUAUUAGAAAUACUGAAAAUAUUAUUCAUACAGUAUUUUAAGAGCUCGAACCUAUGAUAUAUUUCAUUUAGCUAGAAAAAAAUAUUUUCACCGAAUUUGUUUGAGCGAACGUUUUUAUUUAGAACAACAACAACAGUCAAUAUUUGGUGAACUAAGGCCUUAAUCUAAAAUUUGAAAAUACAUUUUUUUUUUUUUGUUUCUUAGCAUUUGAAGAUAAUAUUCCCAAAAUUAGAGAGAAAUUUUUUCGUCUGGGCGGAUUCGAGUGAGGGAUAUUGAACUAAGUAUGGACGAUUUAGUCAAGAAAAAAUUUCUGUAUCAAUAUAAUGAGGUUUGAAUGCAUACAGAAUUUAAAGAAAAAAAUAGAAAAAUGACGUAUACUGAAUUUUACACGUUAGUUUUGACGUAAAAUACAUUUUAGCGAGGAUUUAUCCUCGUUUUCACCAAGAAGCAUUUGGCCACCUUAUUCAUAGAGAUCAUGCAAGGACGAUUGUUCUAAACUUUAGUAGGUAAAUGGUGCUGGCAUAGUAUCGUACAUAGUCGCAAUUUAUGCACUAAUGAAACUAUGUUUUCUGAGCACAGAGCAGUAGCAACGACCAUAAAAUAUAUGUAUUUCAUCAAGUUUAUCAAGUUCUUUCCAAGUUUAUGUUCGACACUUUUGUUUAAUCUCUACUAUCUAAAUGUACAGUAUUAAUUAAUUACGGGCACGGCGUUAGAUGGCGUUUUUUCUGGUCAAAAUUAUUGACAUUUCCCUUUUGACAUUGGCCAGCAACAAUCAAUAUUCAUCCACAUCUCAACAAUGUGAAUAAAUUCUUAUUCUUUUUCUCUUUGAAACUAAAUGGAUUAAAACGAAAAAAAAAUUAGGGUUUUGGAUAUUGCAUUUGUCUGGACUCCCUCUUCGCUACAAAAUCACUGAUUAAGGACUUUAUGAAGAGUGUCUGUCCAAGGACAGUGUUUCUGUCAUUUGAAUCAAUCGUGCUGCAGGGUUUUUUAAUGGCAUCAAGUCCAGUGAAAAUUGUAAAGUUCGAUAUCAUGUAGCAUUAUGUAGUUACAUUCACAUGUUGUGUCUUCGCUAUGUAUGUUGAAUCUACACAAAUCUUCAUUGCAUUUAACUGAUGAUGUUUCAAUUAUAAUAGUAUCGCAUGAUAGUAUCGCAUUAUCAAGCUUCAUUCUAAUAAUGUCAAAGUCCAAAUAAAUACCUAUAACAAUCCUAAUGUAUUUUUGCGACUUUUCUUCUACAUUUUGUGCUUACUUUAUUUUAAAAAAAACGAGCUUAUAAAUAACAAUGCAAUAAAAUCAUGGGAAUACCCAACAUUGGAGUUAAUUUCAGAAAUAUUUGAACCAUUGCAUAACAACACAUAUUGCUCAUUUGCAUAACGUUUAUUUUUAUCUCGGCGCGCGUGUUCGUUGCGUCUAGAAAAAUGCCAAUCACAUUAUUGAUAAAAUGAGUAAAUUCAAAUGAAUAAAUUAUGAUUACAUUCAUUUAUAUAUAAUAUGCAUUAUAUUAAACCGAUGAUGUCAAAGAAAUCAAUUCAGAAUAUAUAGAUAUAUAGCCAUAUAUGGCUAAUUAUA